AUGGCCUCUGCAUUUCCGCUUCCACGAGCUCGGCCGCGCCCUCGACCGAUAGCCCACGCUCGGCUAUUCUAUACCACCGCAUUGGUCUUGACGGUGUUCGCAUGUUAUUCCUUCGUCAAGAACUCCACACCAGCUAUUCAAGAGCGCAAUGCAAGACUCGUCCUCCGUGCGCUGGAGCAUCAGGAUGUCGAGUGUCGGCUGGUGCACGGCACGGAAAAGAGCAAGCAAUGCGACUUCGUACGGGCGAACUGUCCGGAUGAAGAGGCGGGUCUGUUCUCAUAUCUGCAGAUGUACUAUUGCGACCUGGCCAAUGCGAAACCUGUCGGCAUGACCAUCAUCAUUCUGUGGGUCAGUCUGCUGUUCAGUACCAUCGGUAUCGCUGCCUCAGACUUUCUCUGUAUCAACCUCAGUACCAUAGCAGCCCUGCUUGGAAUGAGUGAGAGUCUUACUGGCGUCACAUUCCUGGCCUUCGGCAAUGGCAGUCCUGAUGUCUUCUCUACAUUUGCCGCCAUGAGCACGAAUAGUGGCAGCCUAGCGGUCGGAGAACUGAUCGGCGCUGCGAGCUUUAUAACAGCUGUUGUGUCCGGGUCCAUGGCUAUUACGAAGCCGUUCAAGGUGGCCAAGAAAGCAUUCAUCAGAGACGUCCUCUUCUUUGCAGUCGCAGCAAGCUUCAGUCUGGUAUUCAUGGCGGAUGGCAGUCUACGACUUUGGGAAUGCAUUGUCAUGAUCGCAUUCUACGUGUUCUAUGUCUGCUUCGUUGUUGCGUGGCACUGGUACCUGACAAGGUCAAGACGGAUCAAGCUAGCUGAGACUGCAGCCCGGAUGCAGCUUCACAUCCCCGAGCAGCAAGAAUUGGAAGCACCGGCAAUCGAGAUCGAUGAGGAAGCCAGACCUGCGACUGAGCGAUCGCCCCUCAUGCGUGGCCAGUCUACCGAUUCUGUUUACACCCUGCAUGCCGAAACUCCUGCCUGGAGAUCACAGGAGGACGAGGACGAUGAAACGAGAGACAGAUAUCUGGCUGAGCUGCAGAGCAACAUGCGACUCGACAGGAGCCGAAGUACUCGCCGGAACACUAUGACGCCUAUCAGACCUAGCCUGGUUGGUGCUCUUGAGUUCCGGUCUGUACUAAGCUCGCUGGAGAAGAAGGGAACAAACCAGCCCAUUAGCCUUACUCGAUAUUCAGACGAUCCCUCUUUUCAGCUUGGAGCUACGCAGGAUACGUCAGCAUCACAGCCAGAUCUGCUCGAUCUUGGGCCUGCGAUUGAAGCUCCUCGGAAGACCAGUGCCAGCGGGUCAGGGCGCAAUAGGGCCGUGUCUGCCAAUGAUGCGGCAAGCCUUCACAUUAGCACGGAUCUCUUGACACCUGUGAUCAGUAAUGAAGAGGCUGUCUUCAGUGCAACUCCGCAACCGUCACCUGGAGUUGCUCAUCAACGACCGAGUGCUAGGUUCCUUCGACCGCUCCAGACCGGACAGUCCGAGUCGCCCAAGCUGGUGGUAUCCGGGGCUGACGAAGGGGCUGGAGAGUCUCAGGAAACUCCCAGAUCAGCGAACCUUCUGGCACCUCCGAUGAACACAUUCCACAGCCCACGCUAUGAUGAGGGUCGUCAGGCUCCUCGAAGUCCAAUCAUGUCUCCGUUGUCGCCUGGUUCAGGCUUGCAGGUCCCAGUGCUACACAGUCCCCACCCCGAGACAUAUCAUCACGGCGUCUCCAAAGGUGCCGUGAGCUCGGAGGCGGAAGAUCGGUCAAGACCCUCUUCUCGAUCGAGGAGUGCGUCAACUGUUUCAUCAAGGUCGGCAAGUGUCAGAAGCAUUCGGCUUCCAGCGCCAAGCAUAUCUCCUGAGUCAACGCAUGAAUUGAUUAUAAUCGAUGAUGAUGAAUCAGAACACGACCCUCGCCCACUCAGAUGGUGGCCGUAUCGGAUUCUGCCUGCACCAGAUGAGCUUGGAGCUACGCUCUUCCCGACUCUUUUUGGCUGGAAGAAAAAGAGCUGGACAGACAGGAUUCUUGGUGUUGUGACUGCGCCGAGUGUCUUCCUUCUCACCAUCACACUGCCCGUGGUCGAUUCAGAUGGAAGUGAAGCGCAUCCAGAAACUACGACUGGCGCCCCAACGCCCGCUAUUGAGCCACAGGCCCACAGACCAAGUUUGAGUGUAAUCCCUCCCGACACGCCGGCCGCUACGCCCAAGAUGGGUCCCGAGUCGUCGCCACACCCGCAUCGACAACACAAUAGGACCGUCUCUGAUGCAAUGCCGAACAUGACGUUGACCACCAGUAAUGACGCAGGGCCUCAGGAGUGGAAGCGAUGGCUUGUCUUUGUGCAGGUCUUUACUGCGCCCUUCUUCACAACGACCAUCAUCUGGGCGAACAUGGAUGACGACCACUCCCUCCGGCUGUACCUGCGUCUUGCACUGGGCUCGAUCGUCUUUUCCCUCGUACUGUUACUGGUUCUUCUCAUCACCACCACAUCCGACCGUGUACCCAAGUUCCGGCCCUUGCUCUGUUUUCUUGGCUUCCUUGUCGCGAUUGCCUGGAUAAGCACCAUCGCAAAUGAGGUCGUCGGUGUACUGAAGGCCAUAGGAGUAAUCCUCAAUAUGUCGGACGCCAUUCUCGGUCUCACCAUCUUUGCCGUCGGCAACUCACUGGGUGAUCUUGUGGCAGACAUUACUGUUGCGAAGCUCGGAUAUCCAGUGAUGGCGCUCAGUGCAUGCUUUGGCGGGCCGAUGCUCAAUAUUCUUUUAGGUGUUGGGCUGAGUGGGACGUAUCUGACAAUCAGGAGUGGUGAGCACAGAGCACACAAGCAUCACAGCAAGCAUGUCAGGUUCAAGCCUUAUGAGUUGGAAAUCAGCACGACAUUGAUGAUCAGUGGCAUUACUUUACUGGUGACGCUGCUGGGGCUGUUGAUUGUGGUGCCACUGAACGGCUGGCGCAUGGAUCGGAAGGUUGGGAUAGGGCUGAUUUCAUUGUGGUGUUUGAGUACACUCGGAAAUGUCAUUGUGGAAGUUUUGGGUUUCGGCGGCGAUUUGGAAUAG